AUGACCGACGAAGGUUCGGUGCACCGCUGUGCGCAGCGCGGCGAGCUUGCCGAGCUCACGCGCCUCGUCGCGGAUGCACCCACACUGGUGAAUGCGCGUGAUGCAGAGAAUGUGACGCCGCUGCACUGGGCUGCGAUCAACGGGCACAUUGAGUGCUGCGAGCUGCUGCUGGAGAACGGCGCCGAGGUGAAUGCGGUCGGCGGCGAGCUCGCCGCGACGCCGCUGCAGUGGAGCGCACGGAAUGGCCAGCUGAAUCUGAUGCACCUCCUGCUCAAGCACGGUGCGGAUCCGCAGUUUGCAGACAAGCAGGGCUUUAACGCGCUGCACCUCACAACGCACAGCAGCUAUGUCAUGUCGCUCAUCUUUAUGCUGCAGCAGGACGCAUUUAGUGCACAAGACGCCGUCGACACGGCCGAUCCCCAGGGGCAUACGCCGCUCAUGUGGGCCGCGUUCCAGGGCGACGCGCUCUCGGUCGACGUCCUGCUCAAGCAUGGCGCAAGCGUCGCGACGCGCGACGAGUCCGGGCUCACGCCGCUGCACUGGGCGGUCGUGCGCGGAAACCGCCUGUGCAUCCAGCGCAUCGUCAAAGGCGGUGGCGACAUCCAGGCAAGGGACCACGAAGGCAAGACGCCGCACGAAAUGGCCGAGGAGCUGCACACGCUCUCUGCGUACACCGGCGCGCUCCAAGCGCUGGGGCGCCAUCCCGAUGGGCGGGUGCGCAAACGUCCGUACGGCCCGCGUUUCGAGCGCUUGCUCGUGUUCUUUGUGCCGUACGCGUGGUUUGGCGUGCUCUUUUACGCCGUGUCGUUACUGCCCUGGUACCUGGCUUUUCCCGCGUUUGUCGUCGGCGUAAUGGGUAUGCACCUGUUCAUUGCGCUGUACGUGCUCGACGCACGCAAGCCCGACGCAGUCAAGUCCUCGCCGUACUUUUUGUCGCUCCUCGCCAUGACCCUGGGAUGGCUCACGACGAUGUGGGUCUUGUACGUCGCACCAAACACAUCCGAGUUUGGCACGCGCCAGGUGCUCGUCGGUUUCCUCCUCUCGAUCGUAAUCGGCUCGUUGAUCUGGUGCGCUAGCACGUCCCCGGGGCAGUGCCCGCGCCCGGCCACGCCGGAAGAGCGCAAGCGUGAUGUCGAGGCGCUCGCGUCGCGCGGCAUGCUCAGCGGCCUCUCGUUCUGCAUUACCUGCCUCGGGCGCCGGCCGCUGCGCUCCAAGCACUGCCAUGUGUGUGGCAAGUGCGUGCCGCGCCACGACCACCACUGCCCGUGGAUCGACAACUGCGUCGGCCUCCGCAACCACCGUGUGUUCAUGGUGAUGCUCGCCGCGGCAGAGAUCGGGAUUCCCAUCUACCUCUCGCUGGUCUACCAAUGUACGUCGUUGUGCUCACCAGACUUUGUCCAGCACACGCCUCCUGCGCUGCUCGGCGCCUACCGUGACCGCCUGAUUCCCGCGCCGCUCAGCGCCGCAGUCGAAUUUCACGGCGUGCUCUUUUACUCGAGCGCAUGGGUCACGAUGAUGGCCGCGUGGCUCAUGAUUCUGUUCGUGAUGCAGCUCGUGCAGAUCUCGCGCCAGCUCACGACGUUCGAGGCGAGCAACGUGGGCCGCUACGGUUUCAUGGGCGGCCGCGCGGACGCCAACAUGUCCACCCAGAAGGGGUUCAUGCAGCAGCAGGCCGAGCGCAUGAUUGCCGCGGGAAUGCGUCCAGAGGAGGCGCACGCGCGCCUGCACGGGUGUGCGCACGGCAGGAAAAAGACACCGCUCGGCAUCGUCAAGGCGCUCGGCACGUCGCUCCUCUCGAUCGUCGGGCUCGAUUUGUAUACCCGCGGCAAGGGCGGCCAGGGUCUGUCGCGCUCGACGGCGGCUGCCAAUCCGUUCGACAAGGGGCUCGUGGCCAAUUGCCUCGACUUUUGGACGGCCGGCGAACAUCUGCAUGUCGACUAUACACGGCUGUACGAUGUCCCGCUCGAAGGCUUCGCCGUGGGGGGGGAGCAACGAGUUCACUAG